AGAUAUGAAUUCUUGCAUUACGAACAAAAUCGAUAAUGAGGUAUCUUCAAGUCCUCGGAAGAUCUCGGUAUCAAAUCUCGAUGCCGAUUCGCGAGAAAUUACAAAAGAUCUAAAGAGUAAGCUGUCUCUAACUAACAGGCUAAUGAGUACGGGUCACAAGAACGUAGAGAAACCUUGGAUAAAGAACGAAGAUGUAAAAUUACAGAAGCUUAUUCACAUUUUUCGCAGGAGACAUAGCAUAGGGAGCUCGCAAGAAGCUACUCGGGAGAAAGACUCUAGUGACAAACAUGAACCCUGCGGAACGGACACAGAUGGGCUCAAUAAACAUGUAUUUUAUGAGAAUCCUACAUUCGUGCUGAAUAGUUCUUUGGAUUCCUCCGUCUCGAACUUCUUCUAUGAAGUCGAAGAAGGGAACGAGAUGGAACAAAGACAAAAACAAGAUGGUAAAAAUGAGCGCAGUACAUUAUCCGAACGCAAUGUCUUGAGCAUCGUUGUGGAUUCCCACAAGCCCGCAAUUAACCGGCCCUUCUGUAAAACGAAUAACGAGCAAGACAAGAAUGAGGACGAAGAAUACCUCGAAAAACCAUUGCAAAAUACAUUUCGUUAUAGAUGCGAGACCGAGCCUUUGAGAAGUUCUUGGAAUGUGAGGAGCGACGACUCGCAUGCGGUAAUUGUCAUAAAUGGAAAUCGAAGGACAACCGAAUCCUUGAGUGAGUUUGAUCGCCCAAUGAUUAAAUUUUAUUGCAAGAUACACGAGACAGAAAGUAAAAACGCAACAAUCUGCCUACAGAAUCAGAAAAUUUACGACGACGCUAAGGUAUAUCCUUCAAAGUCCUGUAAAGUCAGAACGGUAGAUAAUAUCACAAACUUUUGGACAAACAAACGUGGUAAUAGUUUUCGAAAUAAAAUAGCGACCGGUAGGAAAAGAGACAUGAAGGAAAUGAAGAAUUACGAGCAAAUUGGUCAGGAGCGAGUUUUCGUGUCGACAUCAUCAGGAUCAAAGUUCCACUCGUUGCAAGGGAUGGAGUUCCUAGAAGGUUUCGGCAAGAAGAAACAACAGCCCCACCAACUAAAUAAUCUAUCGUCAAUACAUAUCAAUUCUUUCUCGGCCCAAUCCCUCAACAUACACCUGCAUGCUCUAUUUGCGGCUGUGGAACAUGGUCACAUGGAUAAAGCUAGGACUAUUUUAGAGUCUACUGAUGUGAACAUAAAUAGCAAUCCUUGUAUCCUUUGAGCUUAUGGACGUACGAUACUCCGAGCGUUUGAGACGUACUUUGUCUCGCGAA